AUGCAGGGACUUAAUCCCGAGCUGGCAAAACUGGAGGAACUAGGCAUUACCCAUUGGCGAGAUCUCGACGAUACGUAUGCGAGUGCGCUACGUCAAAGCUUCACACAUCUUAAAAUACUUGACCUCUCAUCCACAGGUAUUACAGGAUGUACGAUUCGAGAGCUUGCAGAUUCGCGAGCAUCUGAAUCUGAUCAAGGGGCCAAGAUUGAUAGAUUGGUUGUACGGGGUUGUGAAGGUGUUUCUUCAGAUGCUGUUGCAUAUGGACGGGCGAAAGGGCUGGAUGUGGUUACUUGA